AUGAGCAAUAAUCCACUUGUCUUUUUCUCCAUUGAAGAAAAAAAAUUAAAUUACUCGAAUAAUUCCCUAUUCUUGUUACAAUUUCUUUCAAGAGUAAUAUAAAAAAAAUCCUUCCUUUUUCUCUUCCUUCUCAAAUUUCAACAAAAAAAAAAGCAUCUGUACGUAUAACAAGAAUGUAUAUACGUACAGAAAAUGCAAUUUGAGAGGUGGGUUUGUGUUUAUAUAGCAUAAUUUGAAGGAAAUUUGGAAGAAAAUGGGUGAUUUAAGAAAUGGGUGUUUGAUAUUGUUGUUGAUUUUGAUGGGUUUUGGUGUAGAUGUGAAAGGGGAAAAUUUGGUUUUUAAUGUGAAGCAUAAAUAUGGUGGGAGGAAUGGUAAUGGGUCGAUUUUGAAUGAUCUUAAAGCUCAUGAUAAUCGACGGCAUAGCAGAAUGCUUACUGUUAUUGAUUUCAAAUUGGGUGGAAAUGGCUUGCCUACUGAUGCUGCGCUCUAUUACACUAAGAUAUCUAUUGGAACGCCUUCAAGGGAUUUUCAUGUCCAGGUUGAUACUGGAAGUGACAUUUUAUGGGUGAACUGUGCCAGCUGUGAGGGAUGUCCUACAAAAAGCGACCUCGGGAUAGACUUGAUGACAUAUGACCCGAAAGCCUCUGCAAAUGGGAAAUCUGUUUCUUGUGACGAAGAGUUUUGCAUGCUCAAUACUCCCUACUCAGAUUGCAGGACUGGAAUGCCAUGUGAUUUUCAGGUUAGUUAUGGAGAUGGUAGCUCAACAGCCGGAUUCUUUGUGAAGGAUGAUAUUCAGUUUGAGCAAGUGUCCGGAGACCUACAAACAACGUCGAUGAACGGGUCGAUAGCAUUUGGGUGCUCAUCUAGACAAUCUGGAGAGCUAGGUGCAUCUAAUCAAGCAGUUGAUGGAAUACUUGGUUUUGGACAAGCAAGUUCAUCCGUAAUUUCACAGCUAGCUGCCACUGGGAAGGUUAAGAAAAUAUUUGCACAUUGUCUAGAUGGAAAGAAUGGAGGUGGCAUAUUCACCAUUGGACCAGUAGUUCAUCCAAAAGUAAAUACAACACCACUAGUCCCAGAUGCGCCACAUUAUAAUGUUAUUAUGAAAGGAAUUGAGGUUGGUGGUCAAGUUCUAGACAUUCCCACAACUAUGGCAAUAAUUGACAGUGGAACAACCUUAGCUUAUCUUCCACACAAGGUCUACAGUACUCUCAUCAACAAGCUGAUUGAACGGCACCCACAGUUGAAUAUUCGUCUUGUUGAGCAGAGUUUCCACUGCUUUGACUACACUGGGAAGAUUGAUGAUGGGUUCCCAGUUGUAACCUUUCGGUUUGCAGAUUCGCUUCCUUUGACAGUUUAUCCCCACGAUUAUCUUUUCCAAAUCGAAGAGAGUAGAUGGUGCAUUGGUUGGCAAGACAGCAAAAUGCAGACAAAGGAUGGAGCGGAAAUAACUCUGUUGGGAGAUCUCGCGUUAUCAAACAAGCUAGUUGUUUAUGAUAUUGAAAAACAGGCAAUUGGUUGGACUGAAUAUGACUGUUCUUCAACCAUCAAACUCAAAUAUGAGGAAAGUUCUGGUAGCGCGUAUACCGUGGCUUCUCACAAUAUUUCUUCAGCUCCUAUGAUGGAUUCGACAAAGUUCUUCACGUUCUUCUUGAUAAUCAUCUCCAUCUUGUUCAAUUUGUUGAAGUGACAACAGAAACAGCUGUACAGUGAGUAAUUUUUGCACCAUCAACAUUCAGCAAAUUGAAGGGAUUUUCAGUCUUUUCGACCUUGGUUUCGUUGGAGCAAGUAAGAAAGAUUGAGAAACAGAACCAUAUGCUUAAUUCGCUCUCAAUUGCCACGAGUUGAUCAUCUGAAAGUGAUCCUGUUGUCAACAGAUUCUUCUAUUACACUCAUAGUUUCUAAAGGAUGAGAACCAACUAUGUUAGCAUCUAUAUCGAGGAUUCAUGUACUAUAUACAUCCUGUAACAACGAACUUGCAAAAUUGACUUGUUUAUCAUAACGAGAUUCGUCGUUCCUGACCA